AUGGAAAUUCCCCAAAAGCCUCAUGCUGUAUUCGUACCAUUUCCAGCACAGGGCCAUGUCAACCCAAUGAUGCAACUAGCCAAACUCUUCCGUUGCAACGGUUUCCACAUAACCUUUGUCAACACUGAGUUCAACCACAAACGUUUGAUUAAAUCUCUUGGACAAGACUUUGUGAAAGGUCUCCCGGAUUUUCAGUUUGAGACUAUACCUGAUGGUUUACCGGAAUCAGAUAAGGAUGCAACACAGGAAGUUCCGCCGCUGUGUGAUUCGACUAGGAAAAACUGUUAUGGUCCAUUCAAAGAGCUUGUGAUGAAGCUCAACACUUCAUCACCAUAUCCAGUAACUUGCAUAGUUGCUGAUGGCGUCUCAAGCUUUGCUAGAAGAGCUGCGAAGGAUUUAGGCCAGACUUGGGCCCAAGUGGAUCGAGUGCCCAUAAUCGGACACUAUAAGUAA